UCUGGGUCAUUUGUCAGUUUAAAUCUAACCUUGAUCGUGAGUUGAACGUCCACACGGUUCAUCUGGAAGUUGUGACAAGUUGCUGAUCGGUGUUUAUGAUGCUGAAAUAUUUGGUUCUAACGUUAGUUUAUGUUUCGGUUGUUUCUGGAGUUUGCAGGAUACAACUUCAAAGCAAUGCAACGCAUGACAAAGCACCACUAUUUCUGCAAUCGAAGGGUUCAAUAUACACUUUAUUGGAGCCGCAUGGAUCUAGUUUUCAGCUUAAAAAUGGUGAAAAGGUAGCCCUCGGUUGCGCAAGUGCCAAAAACAAAAUUGCUGAAAUCAAUGAAGCUCUCGCCGAUGUGUCAUGCAUUGACAAUCAGCAAUUUCAAUUUAAAGGUCGGAGCUUGCAAUACACUGAUCUUAACUGUUCGACGUCAAUUUCAAGCUCAAUUAAGGCCCAGAAUCGUCCUUGUGCAGCCGGUUUGGGAAGAUGGUACGAUCUAGGAUUCGAAGUACUCGGAGCCCCAUUCAUCAAGUAUUUUCAAUCAUGUUAUAAUGUGGAUAAAUCAUCAGUUAUUUACAGCGAGCAUGACAUUCUCGGUGCUUCGAUCGAAAAGGCCCAAAUUAAUAACGAUAGGCCUUCAUUCAAGAUUGGAGGCUUGAAAGUGAAGGCUCGAUUGUCUACGGUGUACACUCAGAACUCACAGCGCACCAGACUAGCAAACUUGCUAGGUUCCGAAGAGCUUGCCAAGCAGUACAUUUCUUCGUCAUCAUUUUUCGCCAAAGGUCAUCUUACACCUGAUGGUGACGCUGUGUUGAACAGCUGGGCUGGAGCGACAUACUUCUACAUCAAUGUGGCUCCCGAGUGGCAGAUCAUAAACACCGGCAAUUGGAUUCGCAUCGAAAAUGCCGCCCGCAAGAUGGCGGCUCAGCUGAACGACACGGUGAAGGUGUUCACAGGAGUCUACGACGUUCUGACCCUCCCAGAUGUCAACGGCCGACCGGUUCCAAUAACUCUCGCCGAAGACGACCAGGUGGAGGCUCCGAAAUGGCUUUGGAAGAUUUUACAUCACUCCGCUUCGAACUCGGCAAUUGCAUUCGCCACACUGAACAAUCCUUUCGCCACAAGUGGGGACCAGCUGUGCAACAACAUCUGCAAUCGAUAUGGGUGGGCCCAGCAGGAGUUCCAGGAUUUACGACGGGGAUACACCAUCUGUUGCACCGUACGGGAUCUUCGCAAAGUGAUUCCGUUCAUUCCGACAAAGGCAGACGCUGCCAACAUUCUUCGAUUUAAUUAAAUUGUUCUCUUGUCUGGUUUGGAGUAUUGGAAGGUGUUGUGUUUUUCGGAUGUGGAAUCGAAAUAUUGGUAGAUUAAAUGAAUAAACGGGUGGAUCCAUGUGCAGUGAAAAACAAACCCUGUCCCGCAUUGAACAUAUGUGUACGUACAUCUGACGAUUCGGGAAAAUCAUACAGAGGCGAUGUUAAGUGAGCAAAGGUGCAAACAUGCGAAAAUAAAAUUCUAUGAAUAUUUAUGCCAACA